CCGGUGUUAUGGCUGUGGGCCCCGUGAAUGAAUUCUCCGGGCGGAAGAAACGACAAGAAGAAACCGGUCACCCCAGCGGCGGAGACUGGUCCCGGCUCGCCGACGACUCCCCCUUCGACAGAGACGCAGGUCGUGCUCGCCCCGCCCUCACCGCAUAAGCGGAACCUUCACCUGUUCUCCUACCCGCUGCUGGCCGUAUUCUCCCUGCUGCGCUUCCUGGCCUUUCAGCUGGGGCUGCUUUUCGUCUGGUGUUGUGAACUGCUGUCCCGUAGUGUCAUGGCGGACAAAGGACGUACGGUGGCCAGCACAGCAGCGGCUCAGGACAGGCCCCAGGAACCCGAGGUGGUGAGGAGCUAUCAUCAGCAGGCCUUCCAGUACAUCUCUUUGGCCCUGCGCGUUGAUGAGGAGGAGAAAGAUCAAAAGGAGCAAGCCGUUCAAUGGUAUAAGAAGGGUAUUGAGGAGCUGGAGAAAGGAAUAGCUGUACCUAUAAGUGGUAAAGGUGAACAAUAUGACAGAGCCCGUCGUUUACAAGCGAAAAUGUCAACAAACUUAAUUAUGGCAAAAGAUCGCUUACAGCUACUAGCAAAGCUGCAAGCAGACAUACAAGGUCCGCACUCGCAAAUGGAGGUCUGUAGUGACAAUACUAACUUACCAUGCCGCAAUGGACUUCUCAAGCCAGAAAAAGGCGCUGUUCCCAAAAAGAAAGAUCCACCACCGAUUACAAGUAACUCUUAUUCUCGUACAAAGGCACCUCCUAAGAGCGGGUCAUUAGGCAACAGGAUACCGAAUUGUACUUCUGUACCAACUUCAGCUAGGCAAGCUGGUGCACAUACACCUUCUAACAGGGGUGCAACCGGAAAGAACAACACAAGAACAAAUAAGCCAACAACACCCACUACUGCAGUACGGAAAAAGGACAUGAAAAAUUUACGAAAUGUAGAUAGUAAUCUUGCAAAUUUGAUUUUGAAUGAAAUUGUGGAUAGUGGUCCAUCUGUCAAGUUUGCUGACAUUGCCGGACAAGAUCUAGCCAAACAAGCCUUGCAGGAGAUCGUUAUUCUUCCUUCUAUACGACCCGAGCUAUUUACUGGGUUGAGAGCUCCUGCACGAGGAUUGCUGCUGUUUGGUCCUCCAGGAAAUGGAAAGACUAUGCUGGCAAAGGCUGUGGCUGCUGAAUCAAAUGCAACUUUCUUCAAUAUAAGUGCAGCAAGUCUGACCUCAAAAUAUGUGGGAGAAGGUGAAAAGCUAGUACGUGCACUCUUUUCUGUCGCCAGAGAAUUGCAACCUUCCAUUAUUUUCAUAGAUGAGGUUGAUAGUCUUUUAUGUGAAAGAAGAGAAGGGGAGCAUGAUGCAAGCAGACGACUGAAAACAGAGUUUCUAAUAGAAUUUGAUGGUGUACAGUCUGGAGGAGAUGACAGAGUUCUUGUUAUGGGAGCAACUAACAGACCACAGGAACUAGAUGAUGCAGUUCUCAGGAGAUUCACCAAGAGGGUAUAUGUAGCUUUACCAAAUGAAGAGACUAGACUAGUACUUCUCAAAAAUCUUCUGAGUAAACAAGGCAACCCACUGAGUGAGAAGGAACUGACUCAGUUAUCUAGGCUGACGGAAGGAUACUCUGGGAGCGAUAUAACAGCUUUGGCAAAAGAUGCUGCUUUGGGACCAAUCAGAGAGUUAAAACCCGAACAAGUGAAAAAUAUGGCUGCUAGUGAGAUGAGAAAUAUGAAGUAUUCAGAUUUCCUGGGUUCAUUAAAGAAGAUAAAGUGCAGUGUGAGCCAUUCAACCCUGGAAUCUUACAUUCGGUGGAAUCAGGACUUUGGUGAUACUACUGUUUAAAAGACUAGACUGUUCAACUUAUUCAGGGAUCAAGCGAUGCUGGAUGAGAUUGUUACAAAGAAAUUCACCGCAAAGAGACUUUGCAUAAGUUUAGCUUUCAAAACAAAGAAAACUUUAAAAAAAAAGCAAACCUCAGAUGUGUGCACUAAACUUCUAGAAACUGAGUAAGCAAGCAGAAGAAAGGUACAAAAAGCCUGUGAUAUUAACAACUCGUGGGGCACUAACUAACUUUGAGCGCUUAUAACUGAAAUUACAGCCUUUGGUUCAAAAUUAAGUCUACUCGGAAAAACGCGGGAUAUUGGUAUAUGCCGUAGAGUUGUUGAUCUCUACCAGUUUGGCUAUGGGAAGACCUGUGCCUUGGCUUUAUGUUUCAGGCUUAUUUGUGCCUGCCCCUUGUUUGUAAUAAAUUAAUGUUAGGCACUCCUUCAUAUGUACUAAUUGCAACUUUUUGAAAAUUCAUAGAGUUUCCUUAGGGUUGGGUGGGGUAGGGUAAAACUGUUGUAGAUUUUUUUAUUACGUGCCAAAUGAAAGGAUUUUCAGAUGCACAGAAUUGGUUAAACACAUAGUGCAUUAAGUAUGCAAAUAUGCACAAGUGAUGACCCAGGUGGCAUGCUUUACUACAGAAAUUGAAAUCCUUUUAGGUUCUUCCUGUAAAUAUACUACCAAGAGUAAUUCACGGAGUAUCCUGACAUAAUCAUAAUGCACAGCAGGUCAUAUAUUGCCUGCCUUGAUGGUGUUUGUUUUUCUAUUAAAAAGUAAGGGUUGGUCAACUGUGAUCUGUUUUUAUUUUUUUCUCUCUCUAUCGAAAAAAAUGGCCCUAGAAGAUACAAAAUAUCAGAUUUUUCAUAAUUGUUUUUUUUCCGUAAAUCGUACCACAGGACUGUUCUUGAAAAAAUCCUUGUGUUUUGUAGCAAGCUAGGAUCCAAAUCUAACCUGCGGUGAGAUUGGAAGGGAACCUUAUUCAGUCUCUUUACAUUUUUAAUAUAAUUCAUUAGAUUAGAUUUCCGAAGUUGCCUCACGAAGUUCGGGGAUAUUGUCGCCACGAAGAAGAGGCGAUUAGUCGUCAAGUGACUAAAUCUCCCCCUAUAUUCCUGUGUGCUAAAGCCAUUAAUAGGAUGUUACUGCUCAAUAGCAGCCCUUAGUUCUGUCAGCCAUCCCAAUCCUUAUGGUGGCCAUACACUGGCAGAUUUUGGGCCUGCCAGAUCGAUAUCU